UAUCUAUCUCGCGUGUCCUUUGAAACAUUGUACUUUUAUGACACAUUGCAUUGUAACAAUACCUAUCAAUAAUCAAUACAGGUAUUGACCCGUCUCUUGGACGAUAGUAGAGUUAUAGAAUACGUGUAGUUUAAAUUAGUACAAAUUCUGACUAAUCGACAAGGAAGUGUGGAAUCAGAGCUGAUUACCUGUCCCUGUCAGAAGAAUGGGGUGCUGUACAUCAAACGCCGUGGCAAUAGAUGACCAAAGAACUCCUUUGAUUACUCCGAAAGAUAAAGGUGAAAAUGUAUCAACGGUAAAAACUAUCCCCGCACAAAACAAACCGAAAUUGUCAGAAGAUAACAUUAUAACUACAACGGAAAGAAGACGAAAACCGUCAGCAGAUCGCAGAAAAACAGUUCCAACAGGGGAACUCAAGAAAGGUGCCUACGAUCUCAUUGAUGCUCAUGCAAUAAAUGCACCUAAAGAUGUCAAAACGUCUCUUAAUUGUCUUGCGGAUUAUCUUAUUAAGGGGGCAAAGUCGGAUAAAGAAAAAGUUCGAGCUUUUUUUGUAUGGAUUGCCAACAAUAUAAAAUAUGACACAGAUGCUUAUUUUAGCGGUAAUUACGGAAAUACAAAUGCUGAAUCAGUAAUAAAACACGGGAAAUCUGUGUGCAGCGGUUACGCCAACUUGUUUGAAGCCUUUUGCAAAGGGGCAGGGAUACAAGUGCAAGUUAUUUCUGGAUUUUCAAAAGGUUAUGGCUAUUCCCCAGAGAAACCAAUAACACCAAAUAGAAGGACUGAUCAUGCGUGGAAUGCAGUAUUUUUAGAGAAUAAGUGGCAAUUUGUCGAGUGUACAUGGGGUGCUGGGCACCUGAGCAAUGCAGGAGAAUUCCAGAAAGCAUUCAACAAUUUCUAUUUUUUAACAAACCCCAGACAUUUCAUUGUCGACCACUUUCCAUUUGAGCACAACGAUGAGGAAUUUAGCAAGAAAUGGCAGCUGCUUAAAAAUCCCAUUUCUCUCGAUGAGUUUAAUAGAAAUAUUAAACUUUCUAACACUGCCCUGGAGUGGGAUAUUCACCCCAAGUCUCACAAGCACGGUGUCAUUGAAGUCAAAGGAUCCGUCGAAAUUAUCAUAGAAGAUGUAAAAGGACAUUUGCUGGAUACUUCGUUUGAAUUCUAUGAAUACCCCAGCGGUAAAAGGGUAGAGGAAUAUGGAUUUCUACGAAAGGUAUCUACACAUGAAUUUAAAAUCACCUUUAAUCCACCAAAAACUGUAACGUAUAGGGUCGAACUUUUUGGAAGCAUCAAAGAGUCUCAGCAUAAGUUAGAUCAACUGAUGACAUACACAAUCAAGUGUACACAGGCAGCCAAUGCAAGUCCUUAUCCAAGACAUACUGAACAGUGGGGAUUUAGCCAGAGAGCUUAUGAAAUUGGGUUUUUAAAGUCAGAUCAAUUUAAGGUACAAGCGCUACAGCAAAGCAGAAAUGGUCAAUUAGAACUUACUCUGAGAACAACUAGGAACAUACCCUCCAUGGUUCAACUCUCACAUGCCAAAUAUGAUUUAGGGAAAACAUUCACUUUAGUCACAGGUGGAAAAGACUUUCUUGAAGAUAAACAUUAAAUUUCCAUCCACAGGGUAUUAUCGCUUGACGCUAAUGAGUAAAGACGUAAAAAGUAUCGACGACCGUUACAACGAAAUUGGUAAC